GCUACUUUUAAAAAAUCCAAGUUACGGCAAGUAAUUAUUUCGUCAUACAUGUACUUAUGUCAUGGUCAAACAUACUUCCUUAGACUUAGAUAGUCAGUGACAUUCAAUAAUAUCAGCCUUAAAGGCAAGACAUUAAGGUUCUGAUUAUGACUGUAACAAUGGCAAGGUUGGUGCACCUCUCUCCAAUGCAGCUGUAUGGAUGGCUGAGCAAGCCUCCAGUUUCUCAACUAUUAAGACACCAUGCAAUCAAGCACCCGCCUAAAUACUCUCUCAGGAAACACUGCACGAUGGCCAGACCGAAGACUACCUCAGUGAUGAACACAAAUAUCAAAGGACAUUUUCAAAUUACAAAAAGUGUUGGUCGUGCUCAGGUUUUUCAUACAUCAGUAGUGGUGAGAGCACCAGUCUGGCUUUUACCAUUUUUGAAAGGUCCCGUGCUAAAGUUUCUAGCCUUUGUUACUGGCAGAACACUCCGACAGGCAAGACUGAAACAGUCGCCAGAGGUUCAGAAGAAGUGGCUACGUUACAAGCUGGCCUUUUUUGGCGUAGUCCUUUCUGCUAUUGCCAUUUUCACCAUUUGGUAUUAUGAAUCCCACCUGGAGGUUACAUCCACUGGAAGGAAACGUCUGAUGGUGCUCCUUCCAGAGCAGAUACAGAAGAUAGCUGACGAGUCGACCUUGGAUAGUCUUGAAAAAUAUUCGGAGGCAGGAGUGCUGAUUCCAGAUGGGCACCCUCUCUAUGGCCGUGUGUGGCGAGUACUCGAAAGGUUGAUAAAGGGCAAUGCACUUGCUGAGCCAGGGAUUACAGCGUACGAUUGGCAUGUACAUAUUAUAAAGGAUGAACAAGUGAACGCCCAUGUCUUUCCUAAUGGCCAUGUAUUUGUGAACACCGGUUUGCUCGAGUUUUGCACAAAUGACGAUAUGUUAGCCAUCAUACUAGGGCAUGAGGUUGCACAUUGCCUGUUGAGACAUGCAGUGGAGAACAUGAGUCGUGAACAGCUGUUGUCGUACCUGAUCAGCGCUGUUCUUGCAGCUAUCUGGUGUAUUCUCCCCAAUGAUGGUCUGGCUAUUGUCACGCAUUGGUACUUCAACAAAGUCAUAGAUAUUGCAUUCCACAAGGCGUUUAGCCGAGACAUGGAAAUAGAAGCAGAUAAUUUGGGCUUUAAGUUGGCAACACGGGCAUGUUUUGAUGUUCGAGAAAGCGAGCGUGUCUGGGCAGACAUGUCUGUCGUUGAUGACCUACUGGGAACAAGGAAAACAUCGCAAUGGAACUCCACACAUCCCUCAAACGAGAAUCGUGUCAAGUAUUUUCAAAAGAAGAUGCCGGAGGCACUUAAGUUAAGGCUGGAAUGUGGAUGUCCUAAUCCUCUGCCUACGGAAGACCCACGACUGAAGGCAUUUGCACGUCGCCGCCAUGUGAAUGAGCUCCUGGCUGCCAGGGGGAGUGCUGCUAAUAUCCAGGCCCUUGAGAAGACUCGUGUCACACCUAGGCUGAUAACUUGAUGGGGACGGGGACAGCAGUAGUGCCUCCAAUAUUGUUAUGCUCAAGGUUUUUAGCUUUUUUGAUGUUCACGGAAAAUCAAGGUAUUUUCAUUUGCACUGUUCUCGAUUGGUUGGGAAAUUUUGAAAAAUUUAACUGUCAAUGAUGUGUAGAUAUCUGGUGUUUAAUAAUAUUUCUAGGCUUUUAUGUUGGGAGAUGAUUUUAUGCUGUUGAACAAGAUAAGAAUUUUUAAAUUAAAAUCUGCAAAAGCUGCUUGAGUUAAAUGUAAAUACAGUCUCCCAGAUCAAAGCGCAGUACUAACAACCCUAUUGUAUUAAAGCUUGUAAUUAAUUAACUUAUCAGAUUAUAAUGGAUUGACAUAUCAAAUGAUCCUUUGAUUUGUUAUGAACUGUUGAGAAUGGUAGGAGCUAAGAAGGGGAUAUAUGACCGAUUGUUUAGAACCUUGUUAAAGUUAACAACGGGAUUAAUGAGACCGUCGUUAACAUCUUUUAGUCGUAAAAUAUUUCAUGCUUUGCUUACAUAUUUAAAUAAAACAAGUACAGCGGGCAGAAACAGUUGUCCAAAAUCUUCUUAGAAAUACUGCAGAUCACAACUGUAUCCAUUAAACUUCCAGAGUAGUAAAAAACUGAAAGUUAACAACCAUAUGCGUUAACAACAUUAGUUAACUUUAACAAAGUUCUGAAAAAAUCAGCCUAUUGCCCCUUUUGAUUGUUUGUUAAAAACUGAAGAAAAAAUUAUCAGUUCAGAUUGUUGUAGAUUGUACACGCCUGCCAUAAAUUGACAACUGGAUAAUCAAAAUGGUCUCAUGUCAUUGACCUCACUGUAUUUUUAUAGCUUUUAUUGUGUUGAAAUGUAUAUGUUUUUAGAAACAAAUUCAUACUAUCACAAUAGACAUCAGUGACACAUGUGUUCUGUCCUAAAUUAAAUCUGUGAUAUCUUCAAUUAAUUUCUUCAAUUUUACCAAUUUGUACCAAUGUUAAAGGGACUGGACACCAGAUGGUCCCGAAAUUGGCAAAUACAGUAUAUCCUCAAAACACACCUAGAAUUAUCAAUAUGAACUAGUAUGGGGGGCCUUAUAUGCUAUUUUACAAAAUUUUGUCACGGUCUCAGCUAAGUUUCCUUUUUUAAAAUAGCGCAUAAUGGUUUCCAUGGGUUGUAAGCAAUGAGAUACUUCAGUAAGAAAGAUUCAAUGUGUUAUACACAAGCAUAUCAAUUAUAUGUAAGAUUUUGACAAUUUUCAUUUUUUCUUGCAAUGAUAUCAUCUGGUGUCUAGUCCCUUUAACAGGAGGACUGUCGGAAUGGACAAUGUACGCAAAUGUGUACGAGUAAAUGAUGCAUUUAGUUUUCUCUCAAGAAUGUUUAUACAUGUACUCUAUUGGUUAACAUGUUAUACAUGUAUGUGUUUUGGUGACUUAUUAAUUAUUAAUGUUUGAAUUUUGUGUCAAGUGUAGAAUAUUAUUGUAAUUAAAAGAAUAGUAUACCAGCAUAUUUGCUUUUAAAUUAAGCUGUACUACAGUUAAAGGAAACUGUAAUCUUGAUUUGGACUUCACAGCCUAAAAAUGAAAUAAUUUUCAAUCCAUUAGAAAAUAAAGACGUUAUGAAUGUUCAUGUACUAUAUAUUGAUAAUGUUGAUGUGGCUUUCUGCCAUUUUGUUUUUUACUAUUCAUAUUUUAACUCAUUUAACAAACUUGUUUGUUAUAAAGCUGACUUUAGUUUAUGGAACAUUUCCAUCAGGGAAUUUUUUUUAUUGUUAAUAGUUUUUGAUAUGCUGAAUAUAACAGAGGACUUGAAUGAUUGCAUUAUUAUAAGAGAGGUUAUGACUCAUAACCGCUUUAAAUGGCUGCUUCCUGCAAGAGAUAUCAAAAUCAAUGAUAUUGUAAGAAACAUAAUUAUUCUGAGUAUAUCUGAGUGCACAUGUACCGAUAAAAGGUUUAAAUUACAAAUACAAUAAUGUUGUCUUAAGUGGUUGUAGAAAUAGGAAAAAGCAUAAUUAAGAUACUGGUAGCUGAUACACAAAUAUGGACAUUUUAGAGGCCUCGUGACUCCAUAUUAAAAUGAUAUAAUUUUGAAUAGGGUUUUUUGUUGUGUAGAACAAUAAUGUUGUAAAGUUGUACCAAAAAUAAUAUUAUCCACCAAAUUUUAGCCAGUUUCCAAACUUAUUUCACUAAUGAAUUCUGUAAUUUUAUUUAUUAAGAAAGACUUAAAAACUAAGGUCACAAACUCUUUAUAGCUUUAUGUUUGAUGACAAUCUACAGUUAUUGGUAAAAAGUACUUGCAUCUGUGUGUUUUUUGUCUGUAAAGUUUAUACGCAUAAUUUUGGUUUCCCCAGUCACUGUUAGGAUUAUAUGACCAAGUUAUGUUAGCUCAUCUAUUUUUUUAAGAAAAAGGAGUCUUAGUUUAUGCAAAGCGUUGUGAUAUUGUUGGUGGCUUUGUUGGCAUGACUUUUCACAACUCAAAUACCGUUCAAAAUAUUGAAAUCAAACUUGGUACACAUAUUGCCAGAAACAAUAUGCACAUGAAGAGCAAGGCACAUAACUCUGACUAUAAUAAUUGUUGAGGUAUGCCCCCUUUUGAAUGAAAAACAACAACAGACAAGCUUUUGUGUUCUCUCCAGGUUUUUCUUGUACAUUGACAUGAACACACUUUUGGUGAAUUGUUUCAAAGUCUGGAAGAAGUUUUUUUAUUGUCCCAGGAACCAUUUGGCCUAGAGUUGAUUUUAAGUAAACAUUGAGUUAUUGACAUGAUAAUCAUGAAAGUUCAGUUUAUUCUGAAUGCUACAGCAAAAACAAAAAUUAAAAUGGAGGCUUUUGACUUUUCAAUUUCCCUCCAAAAUACUACCUUUUUAUAUUUGACCCAUUUUCAGACACACCUACAGUUUUAUUUUAUACAAUAUGUUUUUGAGAUUUUGACUAUUUGUCUAUGGGCAAUUUAUUAUUAUAUUUUACUCUUUAGUAUGGGAGUAAAAUAUAUAGUUUUAAGGUUAAUUUUAUAUAUGAUUGUACAUUUUCAUGCAUUUCUAUAGAUCCAAUAUCAUAUUAAGUUAACAGUUCACAAAGUAACACACUUGUUUCUUUUAAAUCAUGUUCCUGUAGUUGAUUUCAUUCUCAUUAAACAUUGUACAAGUAAUUUCUUUAUCUUCUAAAUAAAUACUUUAAUUCAAAUGUAAAGUGCUGUACUUGUAUCGUUAACUUUUUUCUCUAAAAAUGUUUUUUUUUUUUAAUCAUUUACUGUUAAAUAAUGCAAAUGAACUCUUGAUUAGUCCUCUGAUAAUGUUAGGAGUAUUUGUUAAAAGCCCAUUAUUUAAGCCGAACUGUGCAUGUGGUGUCUAGAACAUAUUUUUAAUGUUAUUAACUAUAGAUUUUUUUGUACAAUUUUUUUUAACAUAUUUAACUUAUUGACCAAAUUUUUUUUUUAUAAAUAUAAUGUUAAAAAAUAAAAUUAUAAAAUAAAUAAUAGAAAUGAGUAUUUCACCGCCAGCAAUAAUCACACCGAGGUCCUCCAGUUCAGCAGUCUGGGACCAUAUACAUUACACCAUGAUAGAGACUUGGUCUUGGAAGUGUUUAAUGAAAGUUGUAAAGAAAAGCAUUACUUUUGACAUAAUGAAACAAAAGUUGUCAAUAGUAAAUUUUUUCAUGUUCUGUUAUUGAUUUGUGAUGUGAUGAACAUACUUUAGAACAAAGGUUCCACUUUUGUGGCCAGUCUUGGCGAUCAGGUUGCUGGAAGCUUUCAAUGGGCCUUAUUGAACCUAACAUAUUAAUUAUUUCUUUAUUUGUUACAUACAGUUACCAUGGUUAUGCUCACAUAGGGUGUGCUGCCUUAACUGCAUCCCCGGAUGAAGAUGUUGUUUAGAUUUUCUGUGUUGGAUUGCACCAUGUUUAACAAGUAAUUUGUUGUUAUUGAUCGAUAAUCAUUGAUAUUUUAAACUAAGAAGUAUUUUUAUAUGAUUGUUAUAAUUUAUUAGAGAUUUUUGAAAUAAAAUUGCCAU